AUGGUGCUAGGUGGGUACCCUGUGCCCAUUGUAGAUCAUCAUGUCUCACUGUCAAAACAAGAGAGCAUUGAAGAUUCCUUGGAAACUAUGAAUGCUUCUUCACUGAUGUGGAGCUUUCCUUUGGCUGUUUUGCAGCUGAGGCAGCUUUUUGAGAGUGCUGUGCCUGCUUUCCCUCCAAAGUUUUACCUGGCAAUGACCAAGUCAAUGGCAGAUGAGAGACAGUCUCAGCUGGAGCAGUACCUUCAGAAUGUUACUUUGGAUUCAAAUAUUGCCAAUAGUGAUGUCUUCAGAGUUUUUUUCCGAAAGCUACAGCAGAAACUUAAGCGUAGCCACGAUGGUACUGAGCAAGCUGUAUCUCAGGGUUUGGUGAAAAAACUGGCAGAAUUUGAACUUGCUUAUGUGAGUCUUCAGAGCAUGAAGGAGUUGCACUGUAAGCUUGGGAUCAGAAAGUGGUAUAUGGAUCCUUCUCUUGACAUACUGCUGAUGGAUUAUACAGCUUCACCGAUUUUGCUAUAUAUGCAGUUCCUGGAGCUGAUUCGAGAAAUGCAGUUCUGUGGAUAUGUACGGCUUGACCCUUGCAUUUGUGACUAUCCAGAAGGCGGCUGCUCAGCUGACAUCUAUGUCAGCAAUAAUGAGAUUCACUGCUGCAUAAAAUUGCCUACUAACCAAACCAAAGAGGUCAGCUUUAAAAUCGACAGGUUAAGAAGUUGGCAGGUUACUUUUCUUAGUGCUACAAAGGAUGGUGAAGACACACUGGAGCUUAGAUUUGAGUACAAUGACUCAGGCACAUGGCAGUGGAUAAUUUUUUACACAAAACAGGCCUUUUUGCUCAGUAGCUGCUUGAAGAAAAUGAUAUCAGAACAGAUGAUGAAGGCAGCCAAAGAAGGCCAAGAAAUGGAGAUGAAGAUGCCUGAAUCCACAACAAACAGUAAGAAAUCCAGCAUCCAACAAAAGCAGGUAGUUCAUUCGGGUUUUAGACCAAAGAAAAGAGUUUUGGUUAGGCCAAAUGAACAUGACUCUGUUGCUCCUCUCCUCUCCGUGCCAUUUUCUGCCUCGCUCUUCGUUCCCGACUCGGCCAAGGCCGCCCCAUGGGGGUUGCAGCCCGGCGCCGUUGCAGCCCGCCGCCCUCGCUCCCGUUGUGGGGUUUACUUCCCGGUGCAGCCGG